AUGUGCUGGGCCCUGUACCAGGCUCUGGAGAUGCAGAGAGAAGUGAAACAGGUCUGCCCUGAGGAGCUCACGGGGCAGAGGGGCCCCGGGGGUUUCACGUUCCGCCGCCGCACCCUGCGGCAGGCCCGGCGUCAGGCCCCCUUCCUCUCACCUGCCCCACGUCCUCAAGGAUUGUCAUGCUUUGUCUUCCCUGUCACAACCCCCAAGAGUCACUGGUCUCCCUCUCUCGCCCUCUCUAGCCUGACCGGGCGGGAAGUCCUGACACCAUUCCCAGGACUGGGCACCGCGGCAGCCCCCGCGCAGGGUGGGGCCCACCUGAAGCAGUGUGACCUGCUGAAGCUGUCCCGCCGGCAGAAGCAGCUCUGUCGACGGGAGCCCGGCCUGGCGGAGACCCUGCAGGAGGCUGCACACCUCAGCCUGCUCGAGUGCCAGUUCCAGUUCCGGCAUGAGCGCUGGAACUGCAGCCUGGAGGGGAGGACGGCCCUGCUCAAGAGAGGUUUCAAGGAGACGGCCUUCCUGUACGCGGUGUCCUCGGCCGCCCUCACGCACACUCUGGCCCGGGCCUGCAGCGCUGGGCGCAUGGAGCGCUGCACCUGCGAUGACUCUCCGGGCCUGGAAAGCCGGCAGGCCUGGCAGUGGGGCGUGUGCGGUGACAACCUCAAGUACAGCACCAAGUUCCUGAGCAACUUCCUGGGUCCCAAGAGAGGAAGCAAAGACCUGCGAGCACGGGCAGAUGCCCACAACACACACGUGGGCAUCAAGGCCGUGAAGAGUGGCCUCAGGACUACAUGUAAGUGCCACGGCGUGUCGGGCUCCUGCGCCGUGCGCACCUGCUGGAAGCAGCUCUCCCCCUUCCGCGAGAUGGGCCAGGUGCUGAAGCUGCGUUACGACUCAGCUGUCAAGGUGUCCAGUGCCACCAACGAGGCCUUGGGCCGCCUGGAGCUGUGGGCACCUGCCAGGCCGGGCAGCCCCACCAAGGGCCUGGCCCCCCGACCCGGGGACCUCGUCUACAUGGAGGACUCCCCCAGCUUCUGCCGGCCCAGCAAGUACUCGCCGGGCACGGCGGGCAGGGUGUGCUCCCGGGAGGCCAGCUGCAGCAGCCUGUGCUGCGGGCGGGGCUAUGACACCCAGAGCCGCCUGGUGGCCUUCUCCUGCCACUGCCAGGUGCAGUGGUGCUGCUACGUGGAGUGCCAGCAGUGCGUGCAGGAGGAGCUCGUGUACACCUGCAAGCAUUAGGCCUGCUGCCCAGUGUGCCAGCCGGGAAGCCAGGACCUCCCGCGGCCCCUGGUCAGUUUGAGGCCACCCAGCUGUCCAGCCGGCCCCUCCGGGCAAGUACAUACAGCGUGCGUGCACUCACUGAUGUACGCACCAGUGCACACCUUCUCCUCUCUCCACCGGGCCUCGGUAACAUUUUCCUCCCUCAACACUCAGCAAAGAGAGGUGGGGGCCCCACCCCUGACCCCGAGGAUCCCCAGCCUUGUUGAGGACUUGGAGCAGGAGGGCAGAGUAGAAAGGAUGUGGAGGGAAAUAAGGGAGACCAGGAGGAGGGCAGGACUGAGGGUUUGGAGGGGAGAAAGGGGACAUCUCGUCAUCUCGAGUGCUGGGUGAGUGGUCUAGAGCCAGCAACAAGUCGGGAGGUGAGCUCUGGGCCAAGAAGGCACAAGGAGGCAGUGUCAGCUGGAAGCAAGGGCUGGAGUCUGGCUGGGAUGGAUCAGUCCAGGCCUCAGGCCCUGCUCAGGUGGCAGUGAGCCCUGGGGCCAUACACCCUCACUACCCUGUGGCUUUGCUGUACGGGAGAAGGGGGAAGGCCAGGUGGAAGGAACCGUU